AUGCGCGCUAUUACGGUCACAGCGACGCUUCUAUUCUGUGCCAAUACAUGGGCCUUUCUGAAAGCCAGUCAAAACAAUCGGAGUCUCACUAUUGCUAAUGAACGUCUGGUUGCAUCGGUGAGCAAAUCGAAAGGGUAUAUCAAUGUUUUGACACUCGACGGCCAAAACCUUCUCGGAACAGAAUCUAGUAAUACUGGUGUUGGGCCAUAUCUUGAUUGCUACUGUACCCCGAGUGGCUUCUGGACGCCUGGUCGUGGUAAGGAUGUUCAAUAUCAACUAUUCAAUGGCACCGACUCAACCGGCACUCCGUACGGCGGUAUCAGCAUGGGAGAAACGUAUGCGCCUACUGGCCAACGGCUGGAGCAAUACUGGUUUCUAAGAGAAGGAGAGACCGGGCUCCACACUUUCAGUCGAAUAGUAUACCACAACGAGACUACGCCGUUUUUGCGGAACCUGCAGGAGUUCCGGACUCUAUUCAGACCCAACCAUGACCCUCCACUUUUCACUCACUUUGUCACUAACGACAAGUUUUCUGCGCCUCGUCCAGAUCUCAACGGACAAGUAGUAGUUCAAGAUGCCACCUGGAAGCUCGCCAAUAAGGACGAUCCAUACGUGAAGGGUGUAGGAGACUAUUUCACCAAGUACACCUUCCAAGAUAGCUGGCGCAACCACCUCGCCCACGGCAUGUACGCCGACGGGCGCACCACAAACGGCACCACCUACGGCGCCUGGCUCGUCCACAACACAGUCGAAACCUACUUCGGCGGCCCCACGCACUCGGACCUCGUCGUCGAUGGCAUCGUCUACAACUACAUGGUCUCCAACCACCACGGCGCCCAAACCCCAAACAUAACCUCGGGCUUCGACCGUACCUUUGGUCCGCAAUACUUCCACUUCAAUGCCGGCGGUACCCUCUCUGAGUUGCGUAAAGACGCAGAACAAUACGGCCAGCGUCCAGAUUGGAACGCACCCUUCUACGACUCCAUCGCCCCGCACGUCCCGAACCUCGUUGCUUCCUCCUCCCGCGGUACUUUCGAAGCAAAAAUCACUCUUCCUCCAGGUGCACAGAACCCCAUCGCCAUCCUCACCACCACCGGCCACAACUACCAAGACAACGCUGCAAACAGCACCGCAUAUCAAUACUGGACCCCGAUCCCUUCUUCAGGCGCCAUUUCCAUUCUACGCGUGAAACCAGGAUCCUACCGCUUAACCCUCUACGCAAACGCCAUAUUCGGAGACUACGUCCGCGACUCCAUCUCUAUAUCCCCCUCCCACACCACCUUCGUAAACGUAACAUGGACGCCCCAGACAGCGGGAAAGGAGAUCUUCCGCAUCGGGACCCCAGACAAAUCCUCCGGCGAGUUCCGCCACGGCACUACCCCCUCACGCACUCACCCACUGUUGACAGAAGAAUACAGACUCUACUGGGCUGCGUACGAUUUCAUCACGGAUUUUCCAUCAGGCAUCACGUUCAAGGUGGGAAAAGACAAUGAGAGUACAGCGCUGAAUUACGUCCACUGGUCCGUCUUUGGCGGGAAAGCGAAUAGCGUGCGGCCUGUCCCAGUGCCGGAUCAUGUGUAUGAUUGGACUUUGCUCUUUGAUUUGGGAGAGGAGGAUGUGAGGGAGGGGGGCAAAGCGACGUUCACUGUGCAGCUUGCGGGUGCGAAGACAGCGGCGGGGAAUACGGAUUUAGAUACUGGGGAGAGGUGGUCGAAUCUUCCACUCACUGUCUCUGUCAAUGGUGAGGUUUUGGAGGCAUGGGUCGUUCCAUACUACCAGUCUUCCUCGUGUGCUGUGCGUUCAGCAGUCUCGUGCUACCAUCUGUCGCACAAAUUCGAGUUUCCGGGGGACUUGUUGAAGGAGGGGGAGAAUGAGAUUGUGUUAGGAUUGCCGUAUAAUGCAACGGGAAACGAGAGUGCGGUACUACCCGAGGCGGUGUAUGUGCAGUAUGAUGCGUUGAGGUUGGAGGUGGAGUAA